AUGCCGGUGGUCAAAGGAGGUGUCUGGACAAAUAUCGAAGAUGAGGUACUUCGGGCGGCAGUAUCCAAAUAUGGUCUCAACCAGUGGGCGCGAGUAUCCUCACUGCUAGCAAGAAAAACUCCUAAACAAUGCAAGGCACGAUGGGUGGAAUGGUUGGAUCCCGGUAUCAGGAAGGUGGAGUGGUCGAGGGAAGAGGACGAAAAGCUGUUACAUUUGGCCAAGUUGAUGCCCACUCAGUGGCGUACGAUUGCACCGAUUGUAGGACGCACAGCUACGCAAUGUCUCGAGCGUUAUCAGAAAUUGUUGGAUGAGGCGGAAGCUCGUGAAAAUGAUGAGUUUGGCCUAGGAGGCCCAGAGGGUGGAGAAACUGUUGCACCAAGUGCGGACGAUGUGAGGCGGUUACGGCCCGGCGAACUAGAUCCCGAUCCUGAAUCGAAGCCCGCUCGCCCGGAUACAAUUGAUCUCGAUGAAGAUGAGAAAGAAAUGUUGAGUGAAGCUCGAGCUCGUUUGGCGAACACACAAGGAAAGAAAGCAAAGCGCAAGGCUAGAGAACGACAACUGGAAGAAUCCCGAAGACUUGCUGUGCUUCAGAAGCGCCGUGAGCUCAAAAAUGCUGGCAUCAACAUUAAGGUUGUCACUCGAAAGAAAGGGGAAAUGGACUACAAUGCUGAUAUUCCGUUCGAAAAACCGGCAGCACCUGGUUUCUAUGACACUAUAGAGGAGGAGGCUCGGAAUGAGCGGCAGCGCGAAAUGUUCGACCCCCGUAAACAGCAGCUUGCGAACAAGCGCAAAGGAGACCAGGAUGACGAGGCGGAGCGAAAGAAGAGGAAAAAUGACAAGAAUAGCAAUUCUGCAGCUUCUGCAGCAGCAGCAAGAGCUGGUCAAAUGCAGAAGAUCCGCGAGGCGGAGCAGAGCAGCAAAAGAAGAGCCCUUGUUCUUCCAAGCCCCCAGGUUAGUGAAAGCGAAAUGGAGGAUAUCAUCAAGAUGGGUAUGGCAGGCGACAAGGCUAGCAAACUGGCUGGUGAUGAAGAAACGACACGAGGUUUGCUUGGUAAUUAUUCCGCGAUUGUUGGCGGGACACCAAUCCGGACUCCUCGCGCUCCCCCGGAGGAGGACCAUAUUGCCAAUGAGAUCAAGAACAUCAGAGCCCUGACUGAAACACAAUCGUCAUUGCUUGGAGGCGAGAACACUCCUUUGCAUGAGGGAGGAUCUUCUACCGGUUUUGACGGUAUCGCACCCCGGCGCCAGGCGAUCGUUACCCCGAACCCUAUGGCAACGCCCUUUCGACAGACCAACGGUGUUGGCGCGACACCCAUGCGGGGAGGUGUUGGUCCGGGAGCGACUCCUUUGCGAACCCCCCGUGAUCACUUCUCCCUGAACCAGAUGGAAGGGGGCCAAAUUGUUGGCAGCACGCCGAAGGAGAUCAAGAUGCAUGAGAACUUCAUUCGCCAAACCAUUCGUAGCAAGCUUUCUGCGUUGCCAAAACCGAAAGAAACUGAAUGGGAAUUGGAAGAACUUCCUUCAGAGUCAGCGGAGCCAACCGCCAAUGAAGAAUACGUGGAAGAGGAUAUGGCGGAGCGUGACAGGAGAGAAAGAGAGGCGCGAAAACAGGCUGCUCAGGCCGAACUAAAGCGCCAGUCGCAAGUUUAUCAACGAUCACUGCCUCGUCCAAGCGUUUUGGAUAUAGACGCGCUGAUCGAACGUGCUUCGCACGUGACGGAUCCAAUCACCGGCAUGAUAUCUCUAGAGGCUGCCUUGCUUAUUGCCCAUGAUGCCCGUAAACAUCCUGUUGCUGGUGCUAAGGUAGAGGGCAAAGCACGGAAGGUAGAACGGUUUGAUGACGCAUUGAUGGAAGCAGCUCGCGCCGCUGUUAUCGCCGAAGCCACAUCUGAUGAAAAGAAACCGGAGUGGAUAGAGAGCUUUGACUCUCAGUGGACAGCAACACAUUCAAAAACCCUUCCUGGCCUCUCCGAUUAUGCUGACGACGAAGAGGACGAGUAUCAGCAAGAACAACGUCUGAUUGGUGCUUUUGACAAUGUGCAAGCCUCCCUACUUGCCACGGCAGAGGGAGGAAACAAGCUUGAGAAGAAGCUUGCGCUACAUUACGGUGGAUAUCAGAACCGCGCGAAGAUGUUACGGACCAAGAUACUUGAAGCCAGCGCCGCUUUGGAGAAGUCAAAGAAUGAGUUGGAUGCGUUCCAUAAUCUUCAGAUUUCUGAGGAGGCUGCUAUCUCUACGAGACUUGAGAAGCUGCGAGAUGACGUGGCCUUCGUCAUGAGACGAGAGCGUGAAGCUCAAGAAGUAUACCGAACCAGAAAGGAGGAGCUUGAUGACCUUGUCGCAGGGACGGGCGGGAUGAACCGCCCCCCCGAUACGAUGGGCGUCAGAGAUUCCCAUGGGGAGGCCACAGCGACACCAGAUCCCGUCGAGAAGGGAUUCGCCACCCUCAAUACUAUCCGGAUCGGUGUUAAGGCUAUGGUUCAAAAGGAUGGGGAACUGAGAAAAGCAGAGAUUCUAUCUAUUAGACAGCGCAAAGAUGGUCCGAGUUUCUACGUCCAUUACGUUGACUUCAAUAAACGUCUUGAUGAAUGGAUUGAUUCCGUAAGGAUUGAUCUAUCUCACGAGGUUGAAUGGCCGCAGCCGGAGAAACCAGAGAAGAAAAAGACCGGUCCUGGUAACAAGGCACCAAGUAAGAAUGUACAGAAGCGUGCCAGAGCUGGGAGCCGUGAAAUUUCGGCAACCCCAGAUCUACUAACGGGUAAAAAUGCCAAUGUUGGCAAAGCCCAGCGUCCGUCCAAAGCAGGCGGGAAAGAAAACCGCGAUGAGACGCCUGCAAAUCUGUCCAUCAUGGACUCAGAAGCUGUUUCCACGGACGUCACCCCUAGGCCCGAAUCCGAAGAUGUCGACAUGAUUGGCGUCAGCUUUACAGACACCAAAGAGGAGCAUGAACAGGGUAAAAUGUCACGCGAAGAGGAAAUCGAGCGGUUGCGUACAAGCGGAAGUAUGACCCAGAAUCCAACGGAAAUCCAUCGUGUGCGUAACUUGAAUCGCCUGCAAAUGGGCAAGUUUGACAUCGAGCCCUGGUACUUCUCUCCGUAUCCUGCCUCAUACUCAGAUGUCGAUAUGGUUUACAUCGAUGAGUUCUGUUUGAGCUAUUUCGAUAACAAGCGAGCUUUUGAGCGCCACCGUGCGAAAUGUACCCUUGUGCACCCCCCCGGAAACGAGAUCUAUCGUGAUGACCAUAUAUCAUUCUUUGAGGUGGACGGUCGACGCCAACGUACCUGGUGCCGCAACCUUUGCCUUCUCAGCAAACUCUUUCUUGACCACAAGACACUCUACUACGACGUCGACCCUUUCCUUUUCUACUGCAUGGCUACUCGAGAUGAGACCGGUUGCCAUCUGGUGGGUUACUUUUCCAAAGAGAAAGAUUCCGCCGAAGGCUACAACUUGGCCUGUAUCUUGACAUUACCGCAAUACCAGCGUCUCGGCUACGGACGUCUCCUUAUUUCAUUCAGUUAUGAGCUUAGCAAGCGAGAAGGGAAGCUUGGCUCUCCAGAAAAACCCUUAAGUGACCUGGGUCUGCUAAGUUAUCGGCAAUACUGGCGAGAAACACUCGUGGAAUUACUGAUAGAACCGGGACGGGAGUCCAUAAGCGAGAACGAGCUUGCUGUGUUAACAUCGAUGACCGAGAAGGAUGUGCAUGAGACACUAGUUGUGUUUAACAUGCUUAGAUACCACAAAGGAAAUUGGGUCAUCGUCCUCACAGAUCAAGUCGUCGAACAACACAAUAAACGCCUUGAAAAAGAAAAGAUCAAAGGGUCGCGCAAGAUCGACCCUGCACGCUUACAAUGGAAGCCUCCCGUUUUCACAGCGUCAAGUCGGACAUGGAAUUGGUGA